CGAGCAUUCGGGAGGUGGGGCGUCGGGCAACGGCGGUGUCCUCUCGUGGGGCAACGCAGCAGGCGUCCUCCACCACGUUGCUUCCACGCCUCCCUCUCUUUCUUCCUCUUCUCUAUAUAUCACUCUUUGACUCCUCCCGUUCCUGCUCUCCCUUCUCUUCGGUGGACGGAAUUCUGCCUCUCCCGGGCGCGGAAGAAGCCAACAAGAGUUGGACAACCCUUGAUGCUCCUUUGCAUAUAUGCUAAUGGCUUUUUGUGGAACCAAUCCACCAUCCAAUGAUUUUGUUAUGAUAAGUCGAUAUCAACUGAACAAAACAAAUAUACCACUAAUGGAUUUAAGAACUGGAAGCAACCUGCUUAAAUCAAGUCAACAAAGAUCCUACAAUUUGUUCUUAAAUGGAAAGCAAGCGAGACCUUUGAGUAGAAAACCUUUACAAACAGAAUGUUCUGCUAAAAGGGUUGCAAAUAGAGAAUCCCAUGGAAGUGAAAAGUGCAUAGAUACUGUUCUUGAUGUGGGAGAGGAGGAACCUGCCAUCACCAGAUUCAAGAUGUCAGACUUUUCAUUGUGUGAUCGUGUCAGCAUUGGCCUUGCAGGCAGGGGGGAUGAAGUGAUUUUUGAAGCCAUUGUUAGAGAUCCUGACAGUCCGCUUUACAAAUCAAAAGUUGUGCUGCGACAACUUACUACCUCCCAAGCACAAAGAAGAGGGAGACGGGCCUUGGAGGUUCUGAAGAAACUUGCUCGUCGUCACCUUAUGUACCAUUCAUAUGCAAUGCAGGUUCAUGGCUAUGUAUCACCGUCAAAUGGUGCUGAUCAUGGUUCUUUUGUUCUGGUGCAUGGAUACCAUGGGAGUUACUCUCUACAACAUUGGCUUCAGCUUGCAAACUGGCUUCCUACCUUAGAGGCUACUCUAGCAUUGGAUGAAGAAUGUGCUAGGAGAGUCGGUGAUGAUACAAUUGGAGGGCCUGCUGUUACACGACAACUGAGAUUAAUUAGAAUUCUAAUGAGGGACCUUCUGAUUGGAGUGAACUACUUGCAUAGCCAUGGACUUGCUCAUACAGAACUGAGACUGGAAACUGUGCACAUCAGCCCAGUGGAUAGACAUGUCAAAGUGGGGAUUCUUGGAAAUGCUGCUGAUUUUGAUGAUGGAAAUCCAACGGAGAAUACACUUGAAGGAAACAAUGACAGGCGGAGAAUGAUGAUUGCAUUUGACAUGAGGUGUGUGGGGUUUAUGAUGGCAAAAAUGGUCUUACGAGAACUAAUGGAUCCUUCCAUCUUCAUGAAGUUCAAGUCUUUCCUCACAAAAGGAAAUGAUCCAUCGUGCUUGCGUGAGUUUCUCUUGCCAAUCCUAAACAAAAGUUCUCCUUCGGGCAGUUCUGGUCUUCAAAUACUUGACAGGAAUUGGGGUGCUGGAUGGAAUCUCCUGUCAUUAAUGCUUGCAACAAAACCUUCUGAAAGAAUAAGUUGCUUAGAUGCACUUCGGCAUCCCUUUUUAUGUGGCCCAAAGUGGCGGGUGGACUCAUCAGUUGAUAUCAUUAAGUGGGGAGUAGGUUCUACUGCUGUUCGGAUCACAGAGGAGUAUAUAUAUGGUCGACAUCAGCGGAGUAGGUUGGCAUACUUCAUUGAGCUGAUGGAGAAGCUUAAUCCUUACCCAGAGCUGAAGAACUGGAAUGAGUUCCUGCCAGGAACAUGGCGCCUUUUAUAUUCCACUGGCAGGCAUAUUGGUCUCACUCUCCGCCAGCCUUUGCCAACUAUCCUUAUUGGCAACGCACACCUGGCCUUUACUCCAUUGUCGGAUAAUUUCUUAUUCAUUCAAUCCAAUGUAGAUUUUACGGUCAUCUCUGCCACUCAAUGGCCACACAACAAAGUUGGCGCUGCUGGGAAAUUGCAGAUAACUUGUAAAUCUAAAGUUGCAGAAGGUAGUUGGAUUUAUGGAAGUGAGGAAAUCGAUGACAGGCCGAGUUUAAUCCAGUCUGGUUCUCAAGAAUCGUCUGCCAGAAAACCUACUAACAGAAGGGUAUGGAGGAGAGCAAGCCCGGUUGAGGAUAUCCCACAGGCACUUCCCGUUGCUAGCCUCUUACCAGGAGAAAUAGAGGUGACAAUGAAUCUGGAUGAAGUGCCAGAAGAUGUAGAGGGGAUGAAGAAGGUCUUGCGGGAGGUUCGUGUGCAGAUCCCACCUGAGAUGUUCGAUGUCUCGAAAUUAGUUUGUGCGACAUAUGCUGAUUCAAGAUUAUUGAUUUUGCGAAGUGUUGCAGGUUCUGCACUCCUAUUUACGCGUACACCUGCACAAUCUUGAGGGCUACUGCCCACCCAUGUUUGCCAAGUUGUAAAUCUUAGCUAACUUGUAAAAUAUGUAGGGCUAUUGCCCAGUCAAGUCUAUCGGUUUGGCUAGGUUGUACGCCUUGAUUCUUUCUCCGGAACUUCGGCAGAUUAGAGGUCUUUAUUUGUUUC